AUGGAAGAAGGUGAGGAUUUGAAACGAGAAACACUUGUUAACAGCAAUGUGAAAAUAACUCUAGAAGAUAUCCAUAAGGAGGUGGAGUAUUGGAAAACAUGGAUAGUAUGUUAUGUGUUGGGCUCAAAUCCACCUCAAACAGCCAUUGAAGGAUACUUCAACAGAAUUUGGGGAGGGUUGGAAAUUGAUAAAGUUGCACAAGUACAUAGAGGAGUGUUUCUCGUCACAUUUCACACACUUGAAAGUCGCACAAAAGUAGUAGAAGAUAGAGUCCAGAUGUUCGACAGAAAGUCUGUUAUAGUCAAGCCUUGGCAACCAGAAAUAGAAAUGAAGAAAGAGAUAAUGGAAAACAUACCAGUAUGGAUCAGACUUCCGGGACUGAAUGUGAAGUAUUGGGAAAAACAAGCAUUAGAAAAAAUAGCAGGGUUGGUUGGCAAUCCUCUGAAAGCAUACAAAGCCACUACAAUGAAGGAGAGAAUGACAUUUGCUAGAGUAUUGGUGGAAGUUCCCAUUAAUAAGGUAUUUCCAGACACAAUUAUGUUUGACAAUGAGCAUGGACACAUUGUGGAACAAGAUGUGAAAUUCGAAUGGAAACCAAUACUAUGUACCAAGUACAAAUAUUUUGGGCAUGAACUAAAGGAAUGCAGAAAGUACAUAAGAGAAGAAACAAAUAAUACGGCAUUAGCAAGGGAAGAAGAAGCAAAAAAUGGGGCAGAGAAUACAAGCAAUGGAGAACACAAAGAAAACAGCACAGUAAUGAACAAGGAUGCAACUGGUGUAGAGAAAUAUUAG